ACCAAAGAAGAAGAAAUGGACCUCACACCGGUUCCUUUCCAAACUUCCGUUCACAGUUCUCGUGAUUCAAUCGUUCAUAUAGCUAGCUCAGUUCAUUAAAUUCUAACUGCAGGUAUGGCAACUCAAAACAUUGAACUCUGAUGUGCAAUGGACCGAUAUAUAUCGGACACGGAGACCGAUGACCAAGAACAACCGUUGUUGCUCAGUCGACAAGAUGAUAAAGUCGAAAGAGCCCCUGCGUGCUGCUCUUCGAGGUACGGUCUGUCCCUGCUCUCCUGUUAUGGUUUCUUUGUGGCCUAUGCCCUUAGGGUCAACCUUAGCGUUGCCAUGGUGGACAUGCUUAACAACACAGACGCCAGCGGCAACACCAGCAAAUCAGUAUGUCCUGCACACCCCAGCCCUGCUCGCCCCAUAUACAACCACACUGCCAGUGUGUAUGACUGGGACUCUGAGACCCAAGGCUGGAUCCUGGGCUCCUUCUUCUACGGCUACAUCCUGACUCAGAUCCCAGGGGGCUACCUGGCACGCAAGUAUGGGGCCAAAUGGCUACUGGGCCUAGGAAUCCUGGGAACUGUGGUUUUCACCCUCCUCACCCCCGUGGCUGCAGACCUGGGUGCAGGCUACCUUAUCGCUGUCAGAGUGCUGGAGGGUAUUGGAGAGGGAGUGACGUUUCCAGCCAUGCAUGCCAUGUGGGCAUUUUGGGCCCCGCCAAUGGAGAGGAGCCGAUUGCUCACCAUCGCUUACACUGGUGCUCAGCUGGGUACAGUGGUUGCCCUUCCCCUGUCUGCUCAGAUCUGCUUCUACCUUGAUUGGACCUGGGUCUUCUAUAUCUUUGGUAUUGUGGGAAUUGUGUGGUUCAUCCUGUGGGCGCUCCUUGUCAGUAACACUCCCAGCACACACCCGCGGAUCACAGAACAGGAGCGACUCUACAUCACUUCCUCCCUGAAUAAGGAGCUCACUUUGUCGGGUGACCACAUCCCCUGGGGGUCCAUCUUGACAUCCAUGCCGCUGUGGGCCAUAGUAGUGGCUCACUUCUCCUACAACUGGACAUUCUACACGCUACUCACUUUGCUGCCCACAUACAUGAGUGAUGUAUUGGGCUUCAGCAUCAAAGAGAACGGUGCCCUGUCGGCUCUGCCCUACAUUGGCUGUGGGCUGCUGGCCGUGCUGGGCGGCCAGCUGGCUGACUACCUGAGGGAGAACUGCUUCUACCGGACUGUGGUUGUCAGGAAGGCCUUCAGUCUCGUAGGUAUGAUUGGGCCGGCAGUGUUCAUUGUGGCUGCUGGGUAUACAGGCUGUAACUACAUCCUGGCAGUAGCCUUCCUUUCCAUCUCUUCCUCCCUGGGAGGAAUCGUUGCCUCUGGGUUCAACAUCAACCAUCUCGACAUCGCUCCAUCUUAUGCUGGAAUUUUGUUGGGAAUCACCAACUCCUUUGCCACAAUACCUGGUAUGGUGGGACCAGUCAUAGCAAGAGCCUUGACCAAAAAUAACACUAUAGAGGAGUGGCAGACGGUGUUCUACAUCUCUGCUGGGAUCAACCUGUUUGGAGCAGUUUUCUACACUGUGUUUGGUCAAGGCGUGGUGCAACCCUGGGCUGUCCACAAUCCCCAUUCCCAUGGCAACUGAGGGGGACAAAGGGUGACACCCUGUGGACCAAAAUGGACUCGCAGCCAUGGGACCGUUUCAACCAAGCUAUUCUACACACAACCCUAGUGGGGAAACAGCCUUCUAAAGUAACUUCUAAUAUUUUAAUGUUUUUAGUUUUGGUAAGUGGACCCAAUAAUGGGUAUAAGUGCAUUUAAAAAAAAAUCAAUUACAAUUUUACUCUUUGUGUAGGCUCUUGUGAUAUGAUAACCACAUUUAGUGUUUUAUUUUGUUUACAGGUAAGAGUUUGCUUGUUUUUAAAUUCCUUUACAUUUCAAGUCUUACAUGAACUGACAAGUAGCAUUUCCACUUUGUCAUUUGUUUUUCCUCUGUUAGAUGCUCAGGAGAAAAAAAAGCCAUAUACGGUAAAUUAAAGAUUUUGUAUGUAGCAGAGUUAUUGCCAACUGAAAUAGCACAGUCACCCAGGAUAGAAUCCAUGUGGGUUUCUCUAUUUGUGAGAAACUUGGUUUUUUUGGCCUUCCGCUUGUGCCUAAAGUAUAGAACUAUGAUCAUCAACCCAGUAUAUCUCAUCUAAUCAAUACAGGUGACAGAAUACUGAUAAACAGCAGUAUUCCCUGUGUUAAUGUGUCUACCAUCCAAAUCUGUCUUAAUUUUAUUUUUUUUACUGAUUAGUUAUGUUUACUUGCUGAACCAAUUACAAUGGAGUUUUAAAGGG